AUGGCGCAUAUCGAGCUUGAAGAUGCCCUUCGACCGACCGAUGACAUAUUCAAGAAAUUCUACGAAAAAGCCUACCAGACCUGGCACAAGUUACUGGUGGACGCUGCAGAAGAUCACACUCUACCGCCAGAGUGCCUACAAUGGGAACACCUUUUCCCUGACCAUCCUGUCUUUCCUGUUGGCCUGGAACCAGAUGCAACUGGUUUCUUGACGGCAAAGACUACAUGGGUUUCCUCCCAAGGACAUUGUGAUAUCCCCGCAUUUGAGCAGUACUUUCAGCGUUCCAUAGCGGGUGGCAGCGAACCAACGCCAAUACUCCUUACAAAUGACUCAGACCUAUCCCUCUCGGAGUGGUUCGGACAGGGCGACAAACAUCUCGCCAUCUUAAUGCUUGCUUGGACAUACGCCUUAUCCGCGCGGUGGGCGGAGAUCAUCCCCCGAGCAUCACCUAUGGAAUACACUAUGAGCCAAGCUCCUUGGAUAGACAAUUCAGACCCAAACAAACCUGUCGACGGUGGUGAUAUUGUGGUGUUUGAUCUGGGGGAACUGACUUUUGAGGCAGCUCGAUGGUGGGCGGCGAUACUUGCCCCAGGAGAGGGUUGGAAAGUUUCCCUACCUCAUGCAAAAUGGCAAGUUCUUUCGCCUUGGAGUGUCACAACAAAAUUCAACAAUACCAAAGUCUUUCUCAGUGGUUGCAUUGGCCCUAUGGAUCAUUCUUCACCAACCGCGGCCUCCUUUGAAACGUCAUUAAAGUAUAUUGAUGAGUAUACCGCACUCCACAACGCCGGCCAACAAAGUCGAGCAGGACUGGCUGCCGCGCUGCUUCUCCCAGUGGCGCGGUGGAAUAGAAGAAACAAAAUUACACUAAAUGUACCUCGAGGACUACACAAGUCAUUUCAACACACUGACACACCCAGACCCGCCCUGUUCGACAAACACUGCCUACGUCAGUUCGAUAAACUCCUCACCUUAAGCAUCAACUUUCACGGUGUCAAAGCUGUUCUAGGCAGCAUCUUUUAUCAGCCUGGAAUACCAGCCAAUGUCUGCGGUGCAUGGUUGCAAGGUACCAUGGCUGUACUAAAGUCGAAAGAAGUCAAGAAGCUACGGCACUUGUCGCGCAUAUUCUUUGAUCGGAGCCCCCAUAUUUCGUUUCUAUGGCUUGGAGCCAUCAUCACGGGCGCGCACAAGGACUUUGUACAGAGCGUCCACGGUCUCCUUGGUUUUAAUAGGAUCGACCUUCAUGCAGCUGCCUGGACCGGCACUGUUGUUUCCUUCAUCCAAGAGCCGGUGCAUUCUAGGCAUGGCAAUUCAAAAUUAAUCUCGCAAGCAGACGAAUGUCGUUUGAUGUUUCUGUCCCAAGAACCACCUAAGGAUCUUCUCCCAAUCUACCCGUAUCCCCCAUUCGGAGAAACAGAUAUCAAAGACACCGAUCUUGGUGUUCAGCUUCAUGCACAUUGUCCAGCUAAGCAUCAACUGCAGUUUGUUUCUAUCGCUUGGCUUUGCUCUGGAGGUAGAAAGGAAAUACAGACAACAGGAUUCACACCUCUAAUAUCUCACGAUUACAGUAUCAUCAACAGCUAUAAGAACGAGGGGGGAGCUUCUGAAGUAGACUACACCUGGUUGGAUCGUGAAAGAGAUCUCUCAGCUAAGGUCACUCGAAAUCUCUUCCUCUGGAUGCGGGAUAUGGAUGGUUACACGGUUGCAGAGCGAGAUAUUCUUCGCCAUGAAUGGAUUGACGCGUUCGGUUCAGACUCAGACGACGAAGUGAGCGCCGAUCCCGAGGGAGAUGGAAAGUCGACGAUGGGCCAAGAUGAUGCUUGGGUUGGACGCUGGCUGGCAGAUUCUAUGACUAGACGUUGCAAUUCACUAUAA